AUGAGCGCGCAGACGAGACUCGUUUUUUUCAUCUUUUUGCUCGGUUUGAUUUGGUUCACGAGCUGCGCGCCGCCGACCUGUUACUCGCGCGUGCUGGAACUCAGCAAAGAAAUCAUGAAUUCUUUGGACAAAAUACAUAAAUCUCAUCGCACGAAAACAUGCGCUGAACUUUUACCAAAGAUGUUUCUAGACGUGCACAACUCCUGCAUCAAGUCCAAACUGCGAGACUUCCUGUAUGUUACUGAGAAUCUGCCCUCAGAAUCCUGCCAGGAGAAGCCGCGCAUUCGGCUCCUGAAGCGCCGGGUCCAGGUCCUCUACUCCAUCAUAAACCGCGCGUGUCAUCGGGAUAUGGUGUUUUACACGGAUGACUGUGAGGCUCUGGAAACAGGAAACAUCAGCCCUCGAUACACUGAGGACCGGCUGGAACGUCUCAUAGAGGACGCCUGAGAUAAACACUCUCAUACGCCACACCAAACAUGUUAAACAAGCACACUUAGUCAGAGCCAGAGAUCCAGAUACCGAGUGUGUGUGUGUGUGUGUGUGUGUGUGUGUGUGUGUGUGUGUGUGUGUGUGUGUGUGUGUGUGUGAGAGAGAGAGAGAGAGGGGGUUUGUCCAUGCAUUCCACUAGCUUGGGGAAAAAAUUCCACAGGAAAUUUGCAAAAUGCCAGUCAUUCAUCUCAGCGUUGGGUUAUUAAGGGCUGCAUGUUUGGCUUAUUGACCACAACAUGAGUCACAUAUUUUGUAUGAUUUUACAUUUUCAUUCAGCUAACAAAAUUGAUGAACAUGUUUUUUCUGAAUGUUCUCUAAACGUUCAAAAUUUUAUAAAUGUUUUAAAAACGUUUUUUUUUUUUUUCUUGGUAAUGAGAAUGUU